GGUAAGGUCUGCGUACACAUUACCUCCCCAGACCCCACUUGGUGGGAUUUUACUGGGUAGUUGUUGUUGUUGUUACAUUUCAAUUUAAAUGGUAAGAAUAAAAGCAGUAUUGACUUCAAAUAGUUAAUAUGUUAUAAUAGGUUUAAACUUUACAUCCAAGAGUGUAGUCUAGUGGUCAACGAAGUGGAUUGAAAACCAUGAUGUCUUAGGUUCAAAUAUCAGCGGAGACAGAAAUACUAAGUGAUUUCUUUCCAUCUGUGCAAAUCUUGAUGGACAAAAAGCUAUCUGGUACCUGUUGACGGUUUCAAGCUAAAUAUUCUUAUAUAUUUAAUGAAUUUUUCAAUACAAAUACCGGAUCUAGACAAAAGUUACUGGGUUCACGGGAACCCGUAUCUAACCCACUGGAUCCGCCCCUGUUGCUAGUGGGAGGUAGCAGUAUCUCGUGGAAUUAGUCGAGGUGCGUGCAAGCUGGUCCAGACACCACAAGUAUAGAGAACAUAUUUAAACUUUAAAAUAAAAUAUUAUGAGUAUUAUUUUAAGAAAGUAAAAUGUUUGUAUUGUUUCCUAGAACAAAUUGAUUUCCAUUCUCCCUUUAACGUGCCAUGUGAAUAUUUAGUCUGUGUGGGCUAGUUGUGGCAAGUAGGAAUUUUAUUAAAGUUGGUUUUGUAACAUCAACAAAGGCAGAUUCAAAAAUUUAAGUUUGUGAGUUUUGCCGCAACCCUUUUUUGCUUACUAGGUUUGAGUAAAUUAGUUAUAUAUAUUAAGUGAAUUUCUUAACAAAUUCAAGGUGUAAGCCAAAUGUUGAACUCAUAACAGUCAAUUGGACUUAUUUGUUGUGCUUGGUAGUUGAUGACAUGCCAGGACAAGUCAAUCCUUUUGUGAGGAAAUUUAAAAGAAGUGUAUUUAGAUCUAAAGUGGGAAAUACUUACCUAAUUCUUUAUUUUAUUUUAUUUUUUAAAAAAAGCUUACCUAAUUCUUUGUCCCCUUUCAAUAAUUUACUUAUUCUUCCCUAACCUUUACUAUUAUUUUUCUUCCACUUGUGUCAUAGUAACCACAGAGAAAGAGAUACACAUUGACAACCAUCUCAAAUUUGUCUCCCCCAUUUUGUUGACCAACUUAAUGUACAUGAUUUUUUGUAAACUAAUCAUAUUUUAUUGUUUGUGAUAGAACAGAUCUGUAUCAAUAAUUAGCUAUGUUAGGCUGUUAAUCAACAUAGUUAUUCCACACUGCUAAUGUCAACAAAAAUAAUAAAUUGGGAUGUAGGACCACGCAUAGCAUGUGUUUCUUAACUAGUACUCCUAUAAAAGGAGUUGUCUUCUGUGAAUAUACGUUCUUCUUAUUCGGUUGUGAACUCUCUCCUUAUUAAUAAUUUUAUCUGGAAACUUUGACUGCAUCUCCUUCACUAUAUUAUCUAUUGCGUCUCCAAUGUGUCACCAACCCUAUUUUCAAGUUUGUGCUCACUAUGGAAUGCAUCAUCCAUAACAUAGUUAUUCCACGCUACUAAUGUGAACAGAAAUAAUAAAUUGGGAUGUAGGACCACGCAUAGCGUGUGUUUCUUAACUGGUACUCCUAUAAAGGAGUUGUCUUCUAUGAAUACACGUACUUCCAUAGCAAAAGCAAUUCAAAGAUAUCUCAAUCAUUUGAUUCCCCACAAAAUAACUCUAGAUUAGGUACAAAUUGAGCCUUUUGUGGGAAUAAUUUGCUCACUUCAUAUCUUACACUUUUCUCUCCAACUUUGUUAUAUACCCUCGUUUAACAACCAUAUAUAUCGAGCACCGUGCCAGAAGUCUGCAACAUUAGCUUCCACACAAUCAAGUCAACGUCCAGUUAAUUGUGCCAAGAAGAAGCACAGUUUCUGAAUCAAGUAUGACCACAACUUCAGAAGCAGUUAUGGGAUUUGAGGAUGAGACAGCAGAGCUGAUACAACGACUUGUUCGGGGCCCGAAACAUUUAGAUGUGGUCUCCCUUGUUGGAAUGCCUGGAAUAGGUAAGACAACUUUGGCGAAGAGAUUGUAUACUCAUAAUGAUAUAAUCGAUCGCUUUGAUGUUUGUUCGUGGUGCACUAUUUCUCAAGUAUAUAAUAAGAGAAAGACAUUGCUUGAAUUAUUGGGUAAUUUGGUUCCUCCGAAUAACAACACAAGGAGCAAUGAUGAACUAGCAGUUGAGCUGCGAAGACAUUUGCUAAGAAAGAAAUACUUCAUUGUCAUUGACGAUUUAUGGAGCCCUGAAGUAUGGAAUGACUUAAAAAGAUGUUUUCCAGAUGAUUACAGCUGCAGUAGAAUCAUUUUGACAACCAGACAAGACAAAGUGGCUUCUUAUACUGAAGUUUUUAGUGCUCCUCAUCAUCUUCGUUUAUUCACAGAUGAAGAAAGUUGGUGCUUAUUGCAAAAGAAGUUGUUUGGACAAGAAAGUUGUGCUCCGCAACUUGAGAAGAUAGGAGUGAAAAUAGCACAAAGCUGCGGAGGGCUUCCACUUGCAAUUAUUUUGGUAGCUGGUGUUCUUGCAAAACUGAACAAGGAAGAAAUUCGUUGGGAAGAAGUUGCCAAUGGUGUAAGGCCAUGUACUGCUGGUGAUACGCAAAAGUACAUGGACAUAAUUGACUUGAGUUUCAGAUAUUUACCUUCUCAAUUGAAGCGUUGUUUUCUUCACUUUGGAAGAUUUUGUGGAGAUGAACUCUUGGUCCGAGAGUUGAUACAACUUUGGGUUGCUGAAGAAUAUGCAGUAGGUAAUGAAUUAAAGAGCGCAAAGGAUGAAGCAAAGGGCUACGUGAUGGAGUUAAUAGAGAAUAACCUUGUAAUGAUUGUCCAAAGGAGCUUCUUUGGUGAGGUGAAAGCAAUUCGCAUGCAUGAUCUAUUACGUGAGUUUUGCUUGUCUAGAGUUGAUUUUCUAAGGAGGUCAGAUGAUUCAAGUUCUAGUGACCCACCAUAUUACCUUCAAAUGAAUUAUCUCCUUCAUCCUGAAAGUGGAUCAGAUUCCUUACGCUCUGGUAGCCCGCCAGGAAAUACUGUUGGAGCGACCUCGUGUGAUUUCUGCAAAAGUGGGGCAUGCAUGGGACCUACCUGAUAACACUUUUGGUGCUGCAUACGCAAAAUUUAUGGGAUCUAGGAACUUUUCACCUGAUGAUCGUCCACCAGUGCGAUUCAUGGAAACUGAAGA